GAGCCAGUGGGAGUGGGGGAUACACACUUCCUUGUCCUCAGUGUUAGGCAGAUGUAGAGAGAGCAAGCAGCAUCGAGAGACAGAUGAGAGUGAAGCAGCAGGGCGAGUUGGAGCCUGAACACAUCUGUCUGCACAAGGAAAGAAGACAUUUGAUGAGCCCAGACCCAACCAUCUGCACCCGACUUUUGUUUUCAACAUCAAAACACACUUCUGGCAGAUUUUGGCCAGAUGAGAUAUUGCUGUGGCGGCAUUGAUGUGGUGUUGAAGCACAAGUACGCCAUGGACUUAAGUUGUACCUACUUGGAUCCUAAUUUUACUUUUGGACAAGGGCUGUUUCUAGUCUGAACUUCUUAUUAAAAUCCAAAUGGACUUCAUGGGUAUGAACAACGUUAGGAGGAAGAAAAUGAAACCUCAAAUUCCAAGUAACAUCUAAUGUCCACACAUAUUUUGGGUUGUGAACCAGAUUAUGGAGAUGGUUUUUAUAUUUCUGAGGGAACUGUAUAAAAUUAUUCUUUGGACUGCACCAUGUGGGCAUUCCUGGAUACGCUGCACUGGAAAAAGGACUGCAAACCUGAGGGUUUGAGUGUAUUUGCGGGCGUGUUUGUGUUUUCCCAAGGUGGUCUAACACAGUGGAGGUGAGAGGGGAACACAUUUGCAGACCAUUUUUCUUUACAAUGAGAGUUCCAGCCAGUGCGGCUGCAGUUUCCUGUCUUUGUCAUCUGGUGGUCUUCCUAUGUGUUGUCUCCCAGAGCUGUUAUGGGACCCGGGUCAAUCUGAGCCCUCAAACAAAACCCAGCCUGUACCCAAACCAGAGACUGAAAUCAGUACCUGAACCAACCCCUAUCCCAAGCAAAAGUCCUGAAAAACAUAAGACGGCUCUGAUGCCCAGCCAACCCUUGAGCUCUGCCAAAUAUGUCUGGAGCAAGUUUCAGUUAAAGCCAAGACUUGAUAUUAUGUUCUAUCUCACAGACCCCCACAUGCCUAACACACCCAACAUUCCAUCGGCAAUCUCUCAGGCUGAAUCAAGCUCAAACACUAGACUCAAACACAGUUCUGAUUCAAAGCAAGGGCUGCCAUACAAAUCAACAUCUCAGCCGGUGUCAAGAUCCACCUUGAACAAUCCCAAGCAAGCUUCAAACAUCAACUACAAAACCGAACCAAAACCAAGGCUUGGAUCUUUGUUUCAGCCUAAGCCUAAGGCAGGUCCCAACUCCGAGGUAGUGACUGGGCCUAAAACUAAUCUUGAGUCAGUCCCAAGGACUAAAUUAUCUUCUAAUCAAAGGUCCAACACAUCCGAUAGGAUGAGCCCAAGCACCUCCUACAAUGCCAGCCCAGCUUCACUAUCCAAUCCGAAGUCUAAUUCCAAAGUCAGACCUUCUUCACAAACAAAUACAAAUGCCAAAUCGGACGCAAAGAUCACCCCCUCAAUCUCCAGAACAACCACAAGAGCACAAAGGAACCAGACCAAGUUGUUGGACACAGACAAGGAUUCUCACCAUCGGCCCAAGAGAGGCUGGAUCUGGAACCAGUUCUUUGUUCUCGAGGAACAUAUUGGACCUGAGCCUCAGUAUGUCGGAAAGCUCCACUCCAACUCUGACAAGGGCGAUGGCUCUGUGCGAUACAUCUUGUCCGGUGAGGGGGCCGGGUCCGUCUUUAUCAUCGAUGAAACAACGGGUGACAUCCAGGCUGCCAAGAGCCUGGACCGUGAGAGGAAGUCCCAGUAUGUCCUACAUGCAAGGGCCAUCGAUCGGCAGACAAACCGCUCACUGGAGGCAGAGUCAGAGUUCAUCAUCAAGGUCCAGGAUGUCAAUGACAAUGCUCCAAAAUUCCCUGAUGGACCGCUCUCAGCCACUUUGCCCGAGAUGUCUGACGUUGGAACAUCCGUCUUUCAGGUGAAAGCCUUGGACGCAGACGACCCUACCUACGGGAACAGCGCCAAAAUAGUUUAUAGCAUCCUGGAGGGACAACCCUACUUUUCUGUUGACCCCAAGACAGGUGUCAUCCGAACAGCAAUGUCCAACAUGGACCGAGAGACAAGGGAUCACUACGCUCUGGUGAUCCAGGCCAAAGACAUGGCCGGCUCUGUUGGAGGACUGUCUGGAUCCACUAUGGUCAACAUCACCCUCACGGAUGUCAACGACAACCCCCCAAAGUUUCCACAGAAGAGUUACCAGAUGUAUGUACCAGAGCUGGCUCCAUUAGGGAAGACAGUGGGCCGGAUCAGAGCCAACGAUGAGGACGAGGGGCAGAAUGCGGAGAUGACCUACAGCAUCACUAAUGCAGACGCAGCCUCCAUCUUCACCAUCACCACUGAUGCUGACGGCAGAGAGGGAAUCAUUCAUCUCAAGCAGCCUCUGAACUAUGAGAAGAGAAAAGUGCACACACUCAAUAUUGAAGGCUCCAACACACACCCAGACUCCCGCUUCUCCCACUUGGGACCAUUUAAGGAUUCCACAUCGCUGCGGGUCAUUGUGGGGGAUGUGGAUGAGCCUCCUGUCUUCUCCAUGGAUUACUACAUUAUGGAUGUGUAUGAAAACUCACCUGCCGGCACCCAGGUUGGCACUGUGACUGCCGUGGACCCGGACAGCACCAACAGCGCUGUCAGGUACUUCAUAGACAAUGAAGAGGAUAGACCUUUGUUUUUCACCAUUGGGGUGAACAGCGGCAUCAUCAGGACUACUGGGGUUCUGGACCGGGAAGAAAGGGCAUGGCACAACAUCACGGUGAUGGCUGCAGAAGUUGAUAACCCACGUAUGGUGAGUCAUGUCCCCGUCACCAUCCAGGUCCUGGACGUCAAUGACAACGUUCCGUCCAUCUCUGGGGGCAGCAGUGCCGUCAUAGUGUGCACGAGCACCAAGAAUGGACAGGUGAUUCAAACCAUCCGAGCAACAGAUCUGGACAACUUUGCGAAUGGAAAGUUCUCCUUCUAUGUGCCUGCUGAGCAGCCAGUUGGUGGGAAUUUUACUUUGAAGGACAAUGGAGACAACACUGCCAGUAUAGUUUCUCGUCGACGUGAAGGUUUCAGCCAGGACAGAGACCGGGAGUUCUUCAGCCUGUUGGUGGUGGUGGCUGAUGGCGGCGAGCCUCCUCUAAGCAGCACCACUACACUCUCCCUCAGGGUGUGUGUUUGUCAGGGGAACACCAGGGGUCGCAACAGCCACAACAUCUGUCAGGCCCAGGCCUUCCUGUCCUCAGCUGGUCUCAGCACAGGAGCCUUUGUUGCCAUACUGCUGUGUAUCGUCAUAUUAUUAGCCAUAGUGAUUAUGUUCACACAGCUACGAAAUAAAAAGGCGAGCAAAGAACCCUUGAUUCUGUCUGAAGAAGACAUCAGAGAAAACGUGGUGACCUACGACGACGAAGGAGGCGGGGAGGAGGACACUGAGGCCUUUGACAUUGCUGCCCUUCGAAAUCCCAAAGUCUCUGAGUCUCACAGGUUGUUCCACGCCUACCUCGGCCAAAGACCAAGCCUAUGCAGAGAGGAUGAAGAGUUCGAGGAUGAUGAGGAGGGGUCUGUGGUGGUGAGGAGGAGGAGAGCUCAGCAGGUAGAUUAUGGGAACUACAGCCCGGAGUCAGAACCUGCCUGGUUCAUCAUUGACUGCAUUCCUCGAGAGCUCAGCCAAUCAGCUCCUUCGCUUCUACUGGAUGGUCACGACAUAAUUCAGCAGAUCCUCCAGCAAAAGGUGACGGAGGCGGACUCGUACACGCGCGGCCCACCGUACGAUUCACUUCAGACAUACGCCUAUGAAGGGCUUGGCUCCUUGGCCGGGUCAGUCAGCUCUUUGGGCCUGACAGCGGGUGUGCCCGAACUAAACUAUGCGGACUUUGAGGACUGGAACCUAGAGAGGGAAACACUGGAGCAAGUAGCGGGAGAUAAUCUGGCUUCAGGCCAAGCUAACACAGAAUCCUGAAGAAAUCAUCCAAAAGUUCCUUUUUUUACUUUUGGCCAGAUUAUUACUUGUGCCAUUUAAAGUGCGAGGAUACAAAAUUACUGCUGCAAAAGUCUGGCAAUCAGGAACUGUGGUGUUGUGUUUAAUCUGUGGAUAAGCCAUUUCGAUCCAACAGCAGAGAAGAACACACUGGCUGAGGGGAAACUGGGAUAAUACUCUUGCUUGAGUGCUGCCAUGAGGGACAGAAUGCUAAACGGCAGAAGACAAGUGUUUUAAAAUGAAAAGUCUAUUUGCAUACACUUUUCUCCCUCUGCUCUGCUUGUUAGGUGAGUGAGUGUGAAAAGUACAGCUAGUCCUAAACCCAAAGGACUCUGCUCUUUAUCUUAGCUGUUGCUGACACUCCAGUCAUUUAAAGCACGGUGACCCAGGGUGUGAGUUCUACGUCACCAGUCUGAAAAUUAAGUUUUAUUGAUUUGUUUUGAGAAUUAUUAAAACAAUCAUGAGGCUGGCUGGGAUAAUGUGAUAUCUGUAAACAAAGAGAAAGCUGGUGGUCUUACAGACAAGUGCACUCAAAGUAAGUUACAGACCCUACCCCUAAUAAUUGUUUUAUUUUAUUUAUUAUUAUUAACUAAUUCUUAAAAGUCAAAUUUAAUUAGAAUUUCAGUUCUUCCAAUAUGUUUACCUGCACAUAGUGUGAAUAGGACCCUGAAACAUCAGCUUCCUGGGCAAUGCUAAUUAGCUAAUCCACAUUUCAGUUUCAUGAUCAUGAUCAAACUUAACCCAUCCGAAGCUUUCAUAAAUGCUAAAUGUUAAAUGUUUUCCCCAAUUUUAAGAAGACAUGUUAUGCUUAUAUUCAGGUUCAUAAUACAAAUUUUGGUUGUAUUUUGUAAUACUUCACAUGUUCUCAUGUUCAGAAAAACAGGAAAUAAAUAUUGGAAAAGCAAAAUAUGUCUAGAGGACUUUGAAGGCAUCAAUCUCUGAAUUACCCUCGUUAUAAAAUCUUUCUGUUUUUAACUGGUUUUGAUCCUUCAAUUCAUCCAC